CCGCCCGCCUCCCUUCCCUGCCUGCCUGCCUGCCUGCCUCUCUGGCUCCCUCUCCUCCCCUUCUGUGCUCGGGCCAUGCCCACCGCCAUCAUCUCCACUGGGUCUCACAAUGGAUGAGAAUGUGACCGCCGAGUCGGUCCGGCAGCUGCUGCUCUUUUUUUACUCGACCCAUGACCCGCACGACCGCAAGUAUUCGCAGCAGAUGCUGCGGAUCUCGGCCAUCUGCGAAGCUCUCUUCCGCCGGGACUACGAUGUGGCGGUCGUGCCGAAUACCGCCUCUUGGAAUGAUCCCACCACGCAAGACCCGCUGAUGGGGAGUUCCGGAGGGCCAAGCGGGCCUGGCGUCUCGGCUCCUGGUGCUGGGCCUGGUCCCGGGGGCCCCCCCCCGCCAGUGUCCUGGAACAACCACCAGGCCCUCUGUUCCACAUACCCACCUCAAUUGUUCAUUCCCUAUUCCUCGGGCCUGCAGGGGACCGAGCCAAACUCCCCCAGAGGCUUGGCCUCCGGGACCUUGUCACCUCCCGGCGAGCCGGCCGAUCUCGAGCAUCACGCCUCCCGCCCAAGCGGAUGGAGCCCCCUCUCGCCGCCGGCCAUGUCGCCGACGCUGCCGCUGUCCAUCCGGACACCCUCUGCCGUGGGGGCUUUUGACCAUCUGUCCGAACCGCUGCAAAGUUUGGCUGCCCCGUCGCCGAUUCGCGAGCGCGCCGGCCGGUCCGACGAUCGCCCGGGAGCCGGGGGACCUGCGCGCGACCCUGGGCCUGCCCGAUCCGGGCCCGCUGGCGCUGGCGCCGGUCCCGGAAACCCCUGUGGCCCAGCUGAACUUGGCCCCGGGCAAACGACUGAUCUGUUGCCCGACGAACAGGUUGCCCUUCUGCGUCAGCAGUUCCUUGUCACCUUCCCCGGCCACCCGGCCGUGCCGUUGAUCUCGCCGCGGGAUUACCAUGUAGCCUUCCGCCAGAGUCGACUGGCGCGAGCGCGCACGCGCUUCGUCGUCCCGGUACUCCAAUGGCGGGGGCAAAACAUCUGCCGGUCAUCCACACUGUCCUUGGAGUCGGAGGUGUACCUCCAUCGAGCCAGUGACCAAGCCAAGGGCCUGAUCUUCCGGUCCUACUCGCCGACCACUCAGUUUCCCGGGCCAUCACCCCCGCCAAGCGCGCCCGGCUCUGGCCAGACUUCGCCCCCUCCGGGGGGCGUCCGGGCUACGGCCAGCCCUCCCCGCUCCCCCUCGCCCGGCUGGCCGGCCGAGGCGGCCGCGCAUGCACCCAGGAGCCCGCUGGCCGGGCCACCCUCGCACCAUGUCCGGGGCGGGUCCCUGGCGGAUGUACUGGCCGGGCCGUCGGGGCCGGCACUGGCCGCCCUUCCCAACCGGUUGUCGCACUCGGGCAGCGGGCGGUCGGCAUCGUGGGUCACCUCCUCGCAGCUGCCUGACCGGCCGUACCAGGCUCGGGCACACUUUUCCAGCCAUGCUCCGAGCCCCGAGGGUCCGGUGACUGCGGUGGCCGCGGCCCCGGAGCCGCCGUGCAUGCUCCUGGCCUCGCCAUCGCCCUUGGCCUUCCCGCUGGACGGCGGGUCCGGGGAUGAUGCGCUGGCGGCGGCCACCGCCGCUGCGGCCGCGGCCGCCAUGGCUGGCUCCCCUCCGGGCAAGCCGCCGGCCGUGAGCACGAUCAGUCUUCUCCGGGCCACGGACAUCAGUCUCCUGUCCAAUCUCGGGGUGCGGUUCAUCUUUGACCUGAUGGUGGAGUUCCGCAAGGUUAACGAGAAGGCCGACUCGGCCGGGAGGUACUCCCGUGCGGGCUUCGAAAUUGUCGGCAUUCCAUACCCCGGUUGCGAGUUUUUCAAGGACUUCCGUGACCGCGGCUACUGCGCCCGACAGCUCUACUAUGAUUGGGAUCUGUGGUUUGUCAACGCACCGCUGUCGAUCCCUGCGCCGCUCAGUGCCAUCGUACCCGCCGGCCACCCGACCCCGAGCGCCUUCUGGUCGCAGUACCAGUCUUGGGAUCUCAUCCACCUGACACGAAACUAUCUGGAGUUGAUUUUCGGCGCCCUCACCAGUGGAGAGCCGGGUCCGACCCAGCACCACCGGGCUACGCCCCCCGGAUCGAGUGUCGGAAUGAAGGACGGCUCGGUGGACUCGCGCUCCAAUGGCAUCCUCGUCCACUGCAUCUCCGGCUGGGACCGGACUCCGCUCUUCAUCUCGCUCAUCCGCAUCCUCCUGUGGGCCGCUGGCGAAGCGCACGCCAGCCUCUCGGCCGUGGAAUUCCUCUAUUUCACGGUGGCCUAUGACUGGCUGCUCUUUGGGCACCAGCUGCCGACGCGCAUCCAGAAGGGCGAAGAUAUCUUUGCCUUUUGCUUCUAUGUGCUGGCUUUCCUGACGGACAUCGCGAUCGCUCAUCAGGCCGGGCAGGCCGAGUCAGACGCCCCAGGUCCCGAGGCCACCGAGUCGAAGGCCAUCCCGACGCCGUCUGCCGGCCCCGGGGCCCCGGACGCCAGCGCCCCGGCCGGCAGCCUCAAGUGCACCCUGUUGGCGACUGAGCCAGCCUCCGGGGGGGGUCCGCCCCUGCCCGCUGGGACAAGCUUCCACCGGCAGGCCCCCACCUCCUCGGAGGCGGACCUGGCCUGGCCCGGGCCAGGCUCGCUGCGGUCCAGCCGAUCGCGCACGCUCUCCUCGUCAUCCUCCUCCUCGGUCUCCCUGCCGGAGACGCCCUCCCUCGGCGGCGGAGGAGAAGGGGGCGACACCGGGUCCACCUCGUCUCAGGAGUUCUCCUCGUCGGUGGGAUCGCUGGGAGCGGCGGCGGCCGCGGUGGCCGGUCCUUUCGGUCCGGCGGCGCUGUCUCCGCCGCCGCCCCACCGGCGGCCCUAUUUGGAACUACCGCUGGAGUCGCCCGCCACCGGGCACCGUGCGAAGAAGGCCGGCCGGCCCUUCCCCCCGCUGGCGUCCGGAGAUGGCCAGGCAGGCAGUCUGUCGGAUGAUGCGGGAGAUGGGACGGCCCUCCGUGAGGGUGAACUGCUGAGUCUGAUGCCGGGGCCCCUCCCGGACGAGGUGUCUUCCUUCGACCCGGGGAGGGCAGGCGGCGGCGGCGGCGGCCUGGCCGGCGGCCGGCUUCUAUUUGACAGUGAUCCUGCUGGGGCGGGGAGCGCCGCCGUGGGCCCUGUCCUGCCUGCCUCCCCGACGGUGGUGGUGACCCGCCGUGGGUUUGCCGCGCCGCAAGCGGCCGUGGUUGCCGCACCGGCCGGGGCCCGUCUCGGCCCGGCCCCGGCCACCACCCAGCGGUCGCACUUUGCGCAGACGCAUGCGGCCGCCGAGCCUCCUCCUCCGAUGGGUCCGGCCGCGGCCGCGGCCGUGGCGGUGAUGUUCCCGACCUCGGCACCCCGACCGGCUCCCGAUGCGCCGACCCUCCGGCUGCUGGAGCUGCGCAUGCUCUUCCGGGACAUCUACUUCGAGAUCUCCGGCAACCAGUUUUCAUGA